AUCUUCUACUCCCCUUCCCCUCAAUAAUCCUCAAUCCCCCCUUAUAUAAUUUCACCAACUCGAAUUCAUUUUCUUUCUCAUUUUACAGAUCUCAUUCCCCCCCCCCCCCCCCUUUUUUUUCUUUUUUCUUUUUUCUUUUUUCUUUUUAAUUCAAUCAAUUCUGCUUUAUAUAGAUCCCAAUUCCUUUUCUUCCUUCUAAUUGGAUCCGAUUGUAGUAACGAGGAAGGAAGGAAGGAAGGAAGGAAGGACGAAAGAAACUUGCGAUUUCGAAUCAAGUUGAAUUUAAUUUUUUGAAUGUUUUCUGUGUGAUUUUCGUUUGGAGAUAGAUCAGUUUGUUUUAAGAUUUUCGUUUUUGAACGACGUAAAUACUAUUUAUGGUAGUUUUUGGAUCUGAUUUGAACAAUUUGUCGAAAUUCUCCAAGAAACCCUAGGGUGGUGGUGGGGGUUAAUGGGGAAAGACGAGAUUCUUAAAAUUGAAGACGUUGAAGAAGGGGAAAUCUCUGAUACAGCUUCAGUUGAGGAGAUCAGUGAAGAGGAUUUUAAUAAGCUUGAUUCUUCUGCUCCUCCUAAGGUGGUUGUACCUUCUAAAGAUUCCAAUCGGGAGAGAGUUUGGACCAUGAGUGAGUUGUAUAAGAAUUAUCCUUCCAUGCGUCAUGGUUAUGCUUCUGGUUUGUAUAAUCUUGCUUGGGCACAGGCAGUUCAGAAUAAGCCUUUAAAUGAUAUUUUUGUUAUGGAGGCUGACCUCGAUGAGAAAUCCAAGCGUUCUUCUUCCACUACUGUUGGGAAUGCUAAGGAUGAUGGUAGUAAUACUACGAAGGAAGAGGAUAGAGUUUUGAUUGAUGAUAGUGGGGAUGAAAUGAAUUGUGAUAAUGCCAAUGGGGAGAAAGAGGAAGGUGAAUUGGAGGAAGGUGAAAUUGACAUGGAUACGGAGUUUGUCGAAGAGGUUGCUGACUCUAAAGCCAUGUUAUCUGAUAGUCGUGAAAUGGAUAUUCAUGGUCAGGAGUUUGAUUUGGAGAACAAGGAAUUGGACGAACUACUGAAAUUAAUUCAGAAAACAUUAGAUGGUGUUACAAUCGAUGCCGCCCAGAAAUCCUUUCAGGAAGUUUGCUCCCAACUACAUAGUUCUAUAGAGACGUUUGUGGAAUUGGUCCAGGGAAAGGUAGUACCCAGAAAGGAUGCGCUUGUUCAACGAUUAUAUGCUGCUUUUCGUUUAAUCAAUUCUGUGUUUUGCUCCAUGAACCUCAACGAAAAGGAGGAGCACAAGGAACAAUUGUCAAGGCUGCUUUCUUAUGUCAAAAAUUGCGAUCCUCCUCUCUUUUCUCCUGAGCAGAUAAAAUCGGUAGAGGUCAAAAUGCCAUCUACAGAUUACCUCGACCAGUUGCUCAGCAUGAAAGGCAGUGUUAAAGAGGUUGAGAUUCAUAUACCUAAUGGGGUGAAAGUUAAGGAUUUCUAUUCUGCGUAUACAGAUGCUAGUUCACAAUUAACUCCUUCAAAUAAGUUGGCUUCGGAUUCCAUAACUUUUGGGGUUAAGGGAAAAAAUAACCCAAAUAUCUUAUCUGAGGGACUGCAAUCUGGGGUAUCUAGUAUAAAGGGUAGAGGCCCCCUACUCCCACUGUUGGACCUUCACAAGGAUCAUGAUGCAGACAGUCUUCCAUCACCCACCAGAGAAGCUCCUACAAUUUUUUCUGUCCAAAAAUCAGGGAACGCCCCUACAAAGAUGGCAUUUGCUGUAGAUGGACCUAGAUCGCAUCCUUAUGAAACUGACGCCCUAAAAGCUGUUUCGACCUAUCAACAGAAGUUUGGUCGAAGUUCCUUUUCAAUGGCUGAUAGACUUCCUAGUCCAACUCCUUCAGAAGAACACGAUGGGGGUGGUGAUAUUGGUGGGGAGGUUUCUAGUUCUUCCAUUAUCAGAAGUUUAAAGUCUUCAAAUGCUUCUAAACCAGGUCAAAAGUCAAAUUUCGCUUCUAAUGUAUCCACAGGUCUUUUCCCUAACAUGGAUAGUUCCAGUACUAGAGUACUGAUUAGUCCUCUCAAUGUUGCUCCUCCAAGCUCUGUGUCUAAUCCAACAGUAAAGCCUUUAGCGAAAAGCAGGGACCCUAGGCUACGAAUUGUCAAUUCUGAUGCAAGUGCUAUGGAUCUUAAUCCACGCACAAUGACCUCAGUACAGAGUUCCUCUAUUUUAGAAUCUGCUGCAACCCUACACUUGAGAAAGCAAAAGAUGGAUGGGGAGCCUAAUACAGAUGGCCCUGAAAUGAAAAGGCCGAGGAUUGGAUCUCAGAAUCUUGCAGUAGCUGCAAGUGAUGUGAGAGCUGUAUCUGGAAGCGGUGGCUGGUUAGAGGAUACCAUACCAGCCGGACCCAGACUUUUUAAUAGGAAUCAGAUGGAGAUUGCUGAAGCAAAUGCAACUGAAAAAACCAAUGUUACAAACAAUUCUGGUUCUGAAAAUGAGUGCACACCUACUAUAAAUAAUAGCAAGGAUGCUUCCUUGCCCUCACUGCUGAAAGAUAUUGUAGUCAACCCAACCAUGCUCCUCAAUUUACUUAAAAUGAGCCAACAGCAGCAAUUGGCUGCAGAAUUGAAAUUGAAGUCAAGUGAACCUGAAAAAAAUGCAAUUUGUCCUACAAGCUUAAAUCCUUGUCAAGGAUCUAGUCCACUAAUAAAUGCUCCUGCUGUGACCUCUGGAAUUUUGCAGCAAUCUGCAGGAACACCAAGUGCAUCACCAGUGGUUGCUGUGGGUCGACAGGAUGAUUUGGGAAAAGUUCGUAUGAAACCUCGUGACCCUCGCCGUGUUCUCCAUGGUAAUUCUCUUCAGAAGGUUGGGAGCUUGGGAAAUGAUCAGUUGAAAGGCAUUGUACCAACUACUUCAAACACUGAAGGAAGUCGGGACAUACUAAAUGGCCACAAGCAAGAUGGCCAGGGAGAUUCAAAAUUAGCUUCGUCACAAACAUUACUGCCUGAUAUUGGUAGACAGUUCACAAACAAUCUGAAAAAUAUUGCUGAUAUUAUGUCUGUUCCCUCGCCACCAACUUCUUCACAGAAUUCCUCAUCAAAGCCUGUAGGGUCAAGCUCUAUGGACAGUAAACCUGUGACAACUGCUUCCCAAGCAGUAGAUAUGGCUGCACCCUCUCGUUCACAGGGUGCAUGGGGAGAUCUCGAGCAUCUAUUUGAUAGCUAUGAUGACAAGCAAAAAGCUGCUAUCCAGAGAGAGAGGGCAAGACGAAUAGAAGAGCAGAAAAAAAUGUUCGCUGCACGCAAACUCUGCCUUGUCUUGGAUCUAGAUCACACACUCCUGAAUUCUGCUAAGUUUGUGGAAGUAGAUCCAGUGCAUGAUGAAAUCUUGAGAAAGAAAGAGGAACAGGAUCGUGAGAAGGCGCAGAGACAUCUUUUCCGAUUUCCUCAUAUGGGAAUGUGGACAAAACUACGGCCAGGGGUUUGGAACUUCUUGGAAAAGGCCAGUGAACUCUAUGAACUGCAUCUGUACACAAUGGGAAACAAGUUAUAUGCAACAGAGAUGGCAAAAGUGCUUGAUCCAAAAGGGGUUCUGUUUGCUGGGCGAGUUAUUUCUCGAGGUGAUGAUGGAGACCCGUUGGAUGGUGAUGACAGGGUACCUAAGAGUAAGGAUCUGGAAGGUGUUUUGGGCAUGGAGUCUGGUGUUGUUAUAAUAGAUGAUUCCAUCAGGGUGUGGCCACACAACAAAAUGAACUUGAUUGUUGUAGAAAGGUAUACUUACUUUCCAUGUAGUAGGCGCCAGUUUGGGCUUUUGGGUCCUUCUCUUCUAGAGAUUGAUCAUGAUGAGAGACCUGAAGAUGGUACUUUGGCAUCUUCACUGGGGGUUAUCCAGAGAAUCCACCAAAGUUUUUUCUCCAAUCCUGAAUUAGAUCAAGUAGAUGUUAGAACUAUCUUGUCGGCCGAGCAACAGAAGAUUUUGGCUGGUUGUCGCAUAGUGUUUAGCAGGGUUUUUCCGGUUGGUGAGGCAAAUCCUCAUCUCCAUCCCCUGUGGCAAACAGCUGAACAGUUUGGCGCCCAGUGCACCAACCAGAUUGAUGAACAGGUUACCCACGUUGUUGCAAAUUCUCUUGGAACUGAUAAGGUGAAUUGGGCUCUCUCCACUGGCAGAUUCGUGGUUCAUCCUGGGUGGGUGGAAGCGUCAGCUCUGCUUUACCGGAGGGCAACUGAGCAGGACUUUGCCAUAAAACCAUAACCCAAUGGACCCACCCAUCCACCAGAAACCUUAACGCACACCUUUUGCCAAAUUAAAACUGAAAGAUUUAAAUACAAGAUGAUAUAACACAGAGAAGAAAUGCAACACAACACGGUGGCUUUAUACCCGGGUUUAGUUUUAGGAAAAUCCUAAGACUAUUAAGAGAAAGAGAGAGAGAGAGACAUGUUAACUCCCCAUUUAACACGCCCUACGACAAGAUGGUAUGGAAAGCAGCUCAAAGAGAGAUUACACUGAAAUUCUGUCCCGCAUUUUUACCUGGGAGAGAGACUUUGAUAGAUUUGAAAUAAUCGACGGGUCAAUGAAGAAGGAGGGAGGAGUAGGAGGAGAGUAAUAGAGCGAGUGAGAUAGAAAGGGAAAAUGAGUAGGGAAAAUUGUGAGUUCUCACAUACGGCUCCAAUUUUCACUGGCGGGGGCCUCUUUACAUUUUUCUUUUGCUUUAAGCUUUCAAUUUUUUCUGGUCUGGAAUGGCGUGAGAGAACAAUUAUAGGUUUUAAUCUUUAAUUCGUCUUGCUCGAUUCAAAUGAGAUGGGAAGGAAUGCAAAUGCAAAUGCAAGAUAGGACUGAUGAUUUUGGGGUGGCAGAUUUGUAUGUGUUUUUAAGCUGCAAGUCAGGAAGGAGGAAAUAAGGAGUUCGCUCAGAAGAUUUGAGUACGGAAUGAGUAGGACAAGGCCAAAAGGAUUCCUUCCGAUCACUUGAUAAAUGAGAUCCACAAUACUUGCAAAUGGACCAAUUUUUCUUAUUCAUUUUCGGACUUCCUUUUUUCUCCCCUAAGGUAAAAAUGGAUUUUUUAUUUUUACAAAA